AUGGAACGCCUGGAAACUUUGGAAAAAAAGGACGAUUUCGCGACAGAUAAAAUAGAAAAAAAACAUUCUAUUUCACCCGAGGAAGCACAAGACGGAGGGCGGGGCACCGGGCGGCGGCCGCGCGGAGCGGGCGGGGCCAAACAGCGCCCGCCGCGCUGCGAUAACCGGGGGGGCCGGGUCGCCCCUGCCCGGUGCUCCCGGUUACACCGCAAUGGCCGGGACCGCCCCGGCCCCGCCGCCAAGAAGCCGAAGAAGGCGGCGAGCGGCUCCAAAGCCCGCAAGCCCGCGGGGCCCAGCGUCACCGAGCUGAUCACCAAGGCCGUGUCCGCCUCCAAGGAGCGCAAGGGGCUCUCGCUCGCCGCGCUCAAGAAGGCGCUGGCCGCCGGCGGCUACGAUGUGGAGAAGAACAACAGCCGCAUCAAGCUGGGGCUCAAGAGCCUCGUCAGCAAGGGCACCCUGGUGCAGAUCAGAGGUAUAGGUGCGUCUGGCUCUUUCUGCCUCAGCAAGAAACCCGGAGAAGCAAAAGAAAAGGCCUUAAGGAGGAAAAAAACUACAGUAGUCAAGUCCAAGAAGCCGGCGGCCAAGAAGCCCGCCAGCGCCGCCGAGAAGGCGGUGACAGCAAAGUACAGCCCCAAGAAAGUUAAGCCUGCAGCCAAGAAAGCAGCCAAGAGUCCCAAGGUGACAGAGGCUGUCAGGCCCAAGAAAGCGGUGGCAGCAGAGAAAAGCCCGGCUAAGGCGGUGAAGCCCAAAGCAGCCAAGCCGAAAGCGGCCAAGGCAAAAAGGCAGCACACAAGAAGUAAGCCCUCCGUGGAAAUAGUCCUGCUCCGCAUUUAAACCCAAAGCCUCUUUUAAGAGCCACCAACAUUCGGGCUGAAAUGCUGUGGCUGCCACCGGUUUCGGGAGGGGUGUGGGGGAACAGCAGUCUGCUGGU